AUGCUCCCAUGCCCUCUCUCGCUGCGCCAGAGGCUGCGCCUGGCGCAAGGAGCAGCGGAGGGCCUGGCUUACCUGCAUGGGUUUGCGACGCCCAUCAUCCACCGCGACAUCAAGCCUGCAAACAUCCUCGUCUCAUCCGACAUGACUGCCAAGGUGGCUGAUUUUGGGCUGCUCAAGCAGCUCACUCACGGCGACGCUGAUGCCACCAGAGUGGAGGGAACGCCCGGCUAUGUGGAUCCUGAUUACAACCGCACCAGCGUCAUCACGGCCAAGAGCGAUGUCUUCAGGAAGGACGGUUCAAAAGUUGAUGAUGCACAAACAGGCUGUUCCUGGUCGUUGUUUUCUCCAGCCGUCUCCAUGCCCCCCUGUGCUCCUGCUUGCAGCUUCGGCAUUGUGCUUCUUGAGUUGCUGAGUGGAACGCCACCCAGCUCUCACCAUGGAGCCCAUAUGAGGAUCUGGGCGCAGCAGAGGGUGGAUGCAUAUGAGCUGGACAAGCUUAAGGACAGCAACCUGCAGGCCAGUGACGAGGCUGUGGUGGACUUUGCUGACCUGGCGCUGGACUGCACGAAGGAGCCGGGCACACGGCGUCCCGACAUGAAGGACGUGGCAUACCGCCUCCGUGCCCUCAUUGACAAGCACUGCCCUGACAAGGAGGAAGAGUGGGAGUGCAGUAGAGAAGAGAGUGCAAGCACCGGAAGUGAGUCGUGGUCUACCACGUCAAAUUCUGGUGGGAGCUCUUUGCUGAGCUCGGGUUCCAGUGGUGGCAAGAGCUGGCUGUCACUGGGAUUCUCUUGGGGUUACUGA